AUGGGCGAUGGUAGCGCUGAUCCCAAUUUCCCUGGAUGGGGCCUCGAUGGCAGAGCUUUGCACGAGAAGCUUCCGCCUAGCAUGUGGUGCGUGACGCCGCAGGACCUGCGCUUCCUUCGGCAGGAGGUCCGCCAGGCCAUAGACCAGCGCAUGGUCAUGCCGAUUAUUGAGCCGGUCUUCGACGACGAGCGUCCCGACCCCUUCAGUCCUGAGGAUGAAACGAUUGGCCCCAACAUGUACAAUUUGACCGACAACUACAUCAAGCCUCUGACUCUGGAUGCUGGCAGGAUGAGCUGGGCUCUGCUCCGAAAUCCUGAGGGGCUUCCAUGCGACCUCUUCAUCACCCACGCCUGGCAGGCCCCCAUUGAAACGGCUCCCUUCUGCAGCGGUGGCGGUGGCGACCUUGGUCACUGGGGCCGUUGCCGGAUUCUUCUGGAGUGCAGCAGGCAAAGCUGCUGCAGGUCCAGCCGAGACGUUUGA